UAAUUGUUGAAGGUUAGACUAACAAGGAACAAAAAAAAAAAAAAAACUGUGGCAUAGGCAAAAGGGUUAAAGUAGCAGCAGUAUACAUAGAGGGAGAGAGAGAGUAUUUGAUUGAUCAUACAACUAAAAGUAACAGAAAUGAACAGGUAGUGUUGGCUGCUGGUUUGUUUUUGCUAUAAUAAUAAAUACAAGAAACAGAAGAAGAACUGUUAUGUUUUAUUCUUCUUGUGUUGUGGGGGUUUGUUUAAUUGGUCACAAUAGGAAGGAAGUGGAUCCUCUUCAGUUUCUUUCUUUCUUUUUAUUAAUAACAACAACAAAUAAUCUCAAGGGUUUCAACUUCAUCUGAAUUUUGAGAUCUGGCUCUCUUCAACAUUUUCUUUCUUUCUGUUAUUCCUUCUGUUUUAGAGGGCGGAGUUGAUUGAUUGAUUCUUUGGAACCAUAGUUAUUGGGGUUCUUAUUUUGAGUGAUUUUUUUUUUCUUUUUAGCUAGAAAUUGAAGGAUUGUGAAUUGGGUUUUAAGGGAUGUUAAGCUCUGUUGAAUUAGAACUCGAAAGGUUUUGACUUGGUCGAAAUUUGGGUUUUUGUCCUUUUGGGAUUUUCAUUUUUUGAUGAAUUUUGUUGGAUUUGAGGUGGUUGAUGGUGUGAUUGGAUGAAAGAUUAGGGUUUUAUUUAAGGAUGGAUGAAUCACAGGGCACUUCGAAUUCGCUACCGCCUUUUCUUGCAAAGGCAUAUGAGAUGGUGGAUGAUCCUUCCUCGGAUUCAAUUGUUUCAUGGAGUCAGAACAAUAAGAGUUUUGUUGUAUGGAAUCCACCGGAGUUUGCCAGGGACUUGCUGCCCAGAUUUUUUAAGCAUAAUAACUUCUCUAGCUUCAUCAGACAGCUCAAUACUUAUGGUUUUAGGAAAAUUGAUCCCGAGCAAUGGGAAUUCGCCAAUGAGGAUUUUAUUAGAGGUCAGCCACAUCUAAUGAAGAACAUCCAUAGACGGAAGCCAGUUCAUAGCCAUUCGAUGCAGAAUCUUCAAGGACAAGGGUCGAAUCUGCUAACUGAUUCUGAAAGACAGAGUAUGAAGGAUGAUAUAGAGAAGCUUAAACGUGAUAAACAAGCACUUAUUUUGGAGUUACAAAAGCAGGAACAAGAGCGGAAAGGAUUUGAGAUGCAAAUCGAGGGUUUGAAGGAGAAGUUACAACAAACGGAAUGCAUACAGCAAACUAUAGUGUCUUUUGUGGCUCGAGUGUUGCCGAAACCAGGUCUUGCAUUAAAUAUAAUGCCACAAUUGGAAGGUCGCGAUAGAAAACGGAGGCUGCCUAGAAUUGGUUAUCUAUACAGUGAAGCCUCUAAUGAGGAUAACCAAAUGGUGACUUCCCAAGCUCUGUCUCGAGAAAAUGCAGACAGUAAUUCUGUUGCCCUGUUAAACAUGGAGCAGUUUGAGCAGUUGGAAUCAUCCCUUACAUUUUGGGAGAAUAUGGUACAUGAUAUUGGUCAAACCUACAACUAUAACAAUUCAACGAUAGAGAUGGAUGACUCUACAAGUGGUGCACAAAGUCCAGCUAUAUCUUGUGUGCAUCUGAAUGUUGAUUUUCGUCCCAAAUCACCUGGUAUUGACAUGAAUUCUGAGCCCUCUGCAGCUGUUGCACCAGAGCCUGUUUCACCGAAGGAACAACUAGCCGGGACUGCUCCCACUGUGGCCACUGGAGUCAAUGAUGUAUUCUGGGAGCAGUUUUUAACUGAGAAUCCUGGUUCAACCAACGCACAGGAAGUUCAAUCUGAAAGAAAGGAUUCUGAUGGUAGAAAAGGUGAAAUAAAGCCUGUUGAUCCCGGAAAAUUUUGGUGGAAUAUGAGGAAUGUAAAUAAUCUUACAGAACAGAUGGGGCAUCUUACUCCUGCUGAAAGAACUUGACAUUGGUUGACAGUUUUUUCAACUUCUGAUGCCUCAGAGACACUCUCUCUCUCUCUCUCUCUAUCUCUCUUUAUUUCUUAUUGAGUAUCAUGUUUCCCUUGUUAAUAUUAGGUUUCCUUAUAGCUUGCAUGGUUAAUGCAGACUCCUGUUUAGUUGUGACUCAUUUAUAUAGUAGUAACUAUACAGUUAUCAUAGAAUGCUAAUGUCUUUUGGAAACUUUCUGUAUCUCUAGUUGAGUUGUCUCAGUGACCCAACCUUUUUUCUCUGGUUUCUUUAAGUGCCUACAUUUAAUUACAUUUUGACAUCAUCAAGUUUUUGGA